AGAUCGACGGUGAAUAUUUAGUAGCCGUUAGUUUUCAAAAAUUGGGUUAGCAUCUGCGAAGACAUAAAAUCCGCCGUUCCCUUUCAAAUCUCUCUCUCUCUCUCUCUCUCUCUCUCUCUCUCUCUCUCUCUCUCCAUUUACUUUUUCUCCGCCAUUAGAGAGAUAGAGUGAUCGGAGCUUUUCAUGGAGUUUUUCUGAUCAAUCCAUAUCUCUCUAACUCUCUGAUUCGAUCGUGGUUUCAAGAGGGCAAACACUUUUAAGAAUUUGUGUGGAACUUUGAUCAGAUUUAAAGACAAUGUCUGGAUCAGACGAGAACAAUCUGGGGGUUAUUGGGCCAGCGUCUAAUCUGCAAGGGAGCUUACUUGGGGAAGGUGGGAAGCUUGUGACGGCCAUGGGUCAGAGCAGGAGAGCGUUAAGCGACAUAGACCUUAAUGUCACUGAAGCUCCUGGGUGCCCUUGUGCAGUUAACAAAAGAGGCUUUUCAGAAAACCAAAGGGGUAGCCUUGAUAAGGUUAUAUGUCCUCCAAGGCAUUCUGUUUGUGAUAAAAAUUUGCCUAUUCCAUCGGAUCGUCGUAUUACUAGGAAGUUUGCUGCUCAGCUUGCUAACAAUCAGUUGGCAAAAUUACCAAAGGAAACUAAGAAAGUCGGUCUAAUGGGUUCAAAAAUAAGGGAGUCUGAAAAUUGUACAUUAACAGAUGUGGAAGACUACAAGACUGACAAUGACUUUCCAAUACCCAUGUUUGUGCAUCAUACAGAAUCCAUUUUGGAGGAAACUGAUGAGAUGGAGGAAGUAGAAAUGGAGGAUAUAGCUGAUGAGCUUGUCAUAGACAUAGACAACUGCGAUAAGCUGAAUCCUUUGGCAGUAACAGAAUACAUUGAUGAAAUAUACGCAUACUACAAGAAAGUUGAGAAUUCUAGCUGUGUACCAGUAAACUAUAUGGAAAAUCAACCGGAUAUAAAUGAAAAUAUGAGAGGAGUUCUGAUUGAUUGGCUUGUAGAGGUUCACUACAAGUUUGAAUUAAUGGAUGAGACGUUGUAUCUCAUGGUCAACUUGAUUGAUAGAUUCUUAGCUGUUCAAUCUGUGCCAAGGAAGAAACUUCAGUUGGUUGGGGUUGCUGCCCUACUUCUAGCCUGCAAAUACGAAGAAGUUUCAGUUCCUGUUGUUGAGGAUCUCAUUCUGAUUUCAGACAAAGCUUACAACAGAAAAGAAGUGCUUGACAUGGAGAAGCUAAUGAUCAAUACUCUGCAAUUCAAUCUAUCAGUUCCCACACCGUAUGUUUUUAUGAGAAGAUUUCUCAAAGCUGCUCAAUCUGACAAGAAGCUUGAGCUUCUAUCGUUCUUCAUGAUAGAAUUGUGCCUAGUGGAGUAUCCAAUGCUCAAGUUUCCCCCUUCUUUGUUAGCUGCUGCUGCAAUUUACACAGCUCAAAGCACCAUAUGUGGCUUUAAGCAAUGGAGCGCAACUUGUGAGUGUCACAGCGGCUAUUCCCAGGAGCAACUCAGAGAAUGCUCAAAGUUGAUGGUUACUUUCCAUCAGAAAGCGGGAACAGGGAAGCUCACAGGGGUCCAAAGGAAGUACAACACAUCUAGAUUUGGCUAUGCGGCAGGAGUGGAACCAGCUGAAUUUAUGUUAGAAGGUUUAAGAUGAUGAUGAUGUAAAAAUGGUUGUGUGUUGGGUUGGGGUAUAUAAUUAAAAGGCCACAACACAACUUUCCCUUGCUUGGGAGCCUUUUUUUGAUAAUUUCAUUGUAAGUAUCUACUAUAGUCCUCCUUGCUUUGGAGUUUUCUAUGAAAAGCGACUUUGAUAAUCA